AUGGGGAUACAACACAAAUCUCGGCCUUUUUUCGGCAUACAAUUUCACCCCGAGUCUGUGGGAACGCCUUGUGGAGAUCAGAUUCUCCGUAAUUUCAAGGCUUUCACCCUGCAGUGGCAACGCGUCCAGCAAGGCCUACUCCCUCGCCAGCUCAGCUCCAAGCCACAGGCACGCUUGACACUUCCAACUCAGCAAACAGGAGAAGCCAACAACGGCUGCCCGCAGGCGGCCUUAUGGGAGGUUCAUGUUGCUGAAGUGCUUGCGCGUUCUUCGCCAAGUCCCCUCAAGGUACAAGCAUCCUUGGAAACGCAGCCAUUGCCAGUCCUGAAUUCCUUGGAACUGUUCAAAAAGAUGUAUGCCGAAAGCCAAACCAGCUACUGGCUCGACAGCAGUAACUCAGACCCCGCAUUGGCAGGAUCGGGCCCCGUUGAGCGAGAGGCACUGUCACGGUUCUCUUUUAUGGGAGACGCCGAGGGCCCCUGCGCCUUUUUGCUGGAAAGCUGGACUGAGCGCAGCACGCGACAGAUCUUCCGUUGCGCUCAGGGAUGCGGCUGCUGCGCAAGCCCCUCCCCACUUCACAUCCGCGAGCUUCCUGUUGACCCCUUCGACGCGAUGCGCCUCCACGGCACGCUGACGGGCGGCCAAGAGGCUCUUCGCUUGCGCCGUUGGAGGGCUGUCAUUACACCCAGCCAGGAAGGGGAAGGGACUGGCGGGGUAGUCGCCGUAUCGUCCCCCGUACUGGAGCCAGUGGAAGAGGGGUGCAGUGGUCACUCAGUGAACCCCGAGCGACCUCCGUUUGACUUCUUAGGGGGCUAUGUGGGAUAUUUUGCAUAUGAGCUGCGCCACAUUGUCUUCGCGCGACUGAGAGCCGCUGAAGGAGAUGAGGGCCCCCCUACUGCCUCUAUGGGCACCCCUCAGUCCAUGCCCCGUAAUCCCCUUGCCCUCUGGGUGUUUGCCGACCGAUAUGUGGCUAUAGACAAUCACACGGGCCGCUGCUACCUGGUCUGGCUUACCCCCACCGUUUCCCCGCGGAGUGCCAACACUGCAGUUUCCCCCUCCGAGGAGGCAAUAGGGACGCGAGUGGUAGCUCCUCCCUGUGAGCCUCUUCCAGACGCCGUGCGCGCUGGGCGGCUCACAGACGGCGCGCAGAAAUCUAUCGCAGACGCGCAGGUGGCGUGGGCCUUGGGGGCCCUCAAGGAGAUCGCCAAGUGCCCCAUGUUCCCCCAUAGUGUCGUUCCCCAGCGUAGAAAGAGCUUGUUUUUGGCUGCACGAGAGCAGACUCCUACAGGGGAAAAGAACGUGGAGCCCAUUUAUUUCCGCCCUACUCUUACUGAAGUGCACUACAAGGAGGCAAUAAGAACCAUCUUGGAGCAUAUUCAACGAGGUAACGCCUAUGAGGUGUGCCUGACGGAUCAAAUGACCUCUCCGUACGAUCCCGAGGCACUCUCUCCUCUGGAGGUAUACUCGCGGCUUCGCGAUAGAAAUCGCAGCAAGUUUGGGGCUUUCCUUAGGUUUGAUUUGGAGGCCUGCUUGUCUCGCCUUUCCAUUAAUAACGGAAUGGAGGAGACGCAAAAUCCGUUCGCAAAUCUCGCUGUAUGCUGUGCCAGCCCCGAGCUCUUCCUUAAGGUCGACCCGGACGGAUGGGUGGAAUCGCGGCCCAUCAAAGGCACCCGCAAAAGGGGACGCACUGAACAGGAAGACGCGGCGCUGGCUGCGGAGUUGGCAGCGUCUGAAAAAGACAAGGCAGAGAACAUGAUGAUAGUUGACUUGGUCAGGAAUGAUUUGGGCCGCGUGUGCGUUGAGGGAUCGGUCACAGUGCCGAGUUUGUUCGCUGUGGAGACGCAUGCAGCAGUGCAUCACAUGGUAUCUGUCAUCCGAGGAAAACUGCGGGAAAAGGAAUGUGACGCGCUAGAUGCAGUCAUCGCGGCCUUCCCCGGUGGCUCCAUGACGGGGGCGCCCAAAUUCAGGGCAAUGAACAUUAUCGCCGAGUGUGAGUCAGGACACAGAGGUAUCUAUAGCGGGGCAAUAGGAUUCAUUUCUCUGAACGGGGCCGCAUGCCUGAAUAUCGUUAUUCGCACAGCCGUCUUCGACUCCAAGCAGGUCUCGGUGGGUGCUGGCGGGGCGAUUAUUAUCCUUAGCGAUGAGGACGACGAAUAUGCGGAGAUGCAGCUUAAGGCUGUGUCCGUUACACGAAACUUCAAUGAGACAUGUUGA